AUAAAUAUCCACCACUCACACCCGAACUCUCUAAAUUUAUGAACAAACAUAAACGAAUCUUAUACGUUUCUCUUGGUACAAAAAUCUACACAACCGUCGAAAACAACAACAAACUUUUACAAUCCUUUAUCGAAUCCAUCAACAAAGGCUUAAUUGACGGUGUGAUUUGGGCAUUAGUUCAAACCUCGGUGGAUGCUUUUGAUUCCACAUUAAACCUAACGGAUGGUACACGCGUUCAAACCUCACCAAUUCUAAAUAACGAACAUCCACAUAUUCGAAUAGCAAAAUUUGCACCACAAUUUUCUAUACUUAAUCAUUCCAACACCAAGCUAUUCUUAAGUCACGGGGGAGCAGGAAGUUCUCAUGAAUCUUUAUUUACCGCCACACCAAUGUUGGUGUUACCUAUCACUGGUGACCAAGUAGGCAAUUCCGAAAAAUUAGAAAUGGCCGGUGUGGCAUUAACUUUAAAUAAGCUUAAUUUGGAUGUUAAUGAUAUAGUGAAUAAGAUUGAUUUUUUAUUAAAUGAUGAGAAUGUAAAGGCGAAUUCAAAGAAACUAGAAGUUUUAACGAAACUUAACAGUAAAAGGAAGUAUAAUGCCGCUGAUUUAAUUGAAUAUGUUUUAUAUAGUAAUGUUUCUAGCGAAGGAUUUUUAAAGGAAUGGAUUCCCGCUGAUACUAAAAUGGGAUUUAUUAGAGGAAAUAAUUAUGAUGUUUAUGGAGCUUUAUUAGGUUUGAUUUUUGGAAUCGGAGGAGGAAUCGGGUGGGUCACAUUUAGAUUAAUUAGACUUGGG